AGAGGAGAAGAAAAGGAAGAGGACAUAGAAGAGAAACUGAAAAAGACACGAAAGAAAGAUAAAAAAGCGGGGGGAAAGAAAAAUAAGGAACCAUAUCCUCAGAAAAGAUUAGUCAGCAAACCACUCAUGGACACUCUUUGGACAACCUUUAAAUUAAACAAAUGCCUCACAAGAAGAAAGAGUCUAUUACUAGCAUUUGAAUUUAGCAUGACAGAAAGACAGAUAAAUCAAUGGUUUUUUAAGAAGAGGAAGAAAUACAAUAGGGAAAUGGACAAGCAAAAAUAUAAGAAAAUACAGAAGAGGUAA